UCAGACAACGCAUAUAAGGCUGUUCAGGGCUAAAAUUUCGGUGCGAUCGAGCAUGCAUAAAAAAUAACGUUUAGCACCAGUUUCAAAAUCUGCGAUCGCUAUCGUCCAAACAUAAAAUGUUUGAAGGGCUUCUCAUAGCCUCAAAGUCACACGCGCAUGGUUGAGUUCAAGGCUAUUUUAUGGUUACACGCAACAACCAAAAAGAAAACCAGGAAAGCUUUGUUGUGACUCAAUUCGGUGGAGAUGAUAAUCCUCUACUCGCCAUACUGUAAUGAUAUGUAUGACUAAAGCGGAACCAAGAAAAAUAUAACCUGUUAAUCGAUGUAAACAUAAACAUACAAACAAGUUGAGAGUCAUCAUGGAAAUCCAAGCAUGAAGACAUCAUUCAAAACCAAACGUAGCAUGUUUUGAAUAUACGGCCCAAGAUCCAAAACGCAGUACGCAUAUCCAGAAAUCACACCAAAACACAGCGAGGCGCUUUUGAAUUCCUUAAAAAAAUGCACCAACCGCGACAUGGGUUUGCCUUGCAGACGCACUAAAAAUAUGUUACACUUUGUUUGGUUUCUAUUUCAUUAACAGGUUUUUAUCGCCAGUCACCGCAGAGGUCAUGCAAAUUGGCGAAAAGUUGUGGUGGCUCUAGAUCUAGAAGAAAAACAUACAUACAUACAUGACACCAGCUGAUUAAGAUAUUGACCCGGAGCUUGUCGGUCGGUCGGUCGGUCGAGUGCGACAAAAAUAGCAAAAGGAAACUGACGCCGAGACGCGCGCGCUCGAUUCGUGGUCAAGUGUAAGGACUCCCAUCGUCAAAUUCACAGACCGUGACAAAGUCGAACUUUUAUGAGGCUUCGCACUUUAGCCGGAGCAUUAAAUCAGACCGCUAAAACAUGCUACAUAUGUGUUUAGCAGAUGAACAAAAAGUCUACGCUAUUGACCGGCUUAUUUUUUUAGACACUACCGGAUCAUGGAACGCUACCACCACUCUGCGACACUCACGUUUCGUUUUCGAAAAAUGUACUGCAACAAUCUAAGUUGAUUCCGAUUGUAGUUCAGUCUUUUUCCGGAGCUCAAGAUCGUUAGGUGCCAGUAGAAAUCGGGUUUCAACAAUGAUACUGAGAUGUUGGGAAGUGGUACUGCUAGUGGUGGUGUUGAUAAAUGCGGAAACAUCCACAGCUGAUUCUGAAGACGAAUCAAGAGAAAAUUUAAUUGAAGGCAUAGAUGAAUUCGAAAAAGUGCAAAGUGUGGAAGCGAUCAAGAAUGAUUUCAUCAGUGAAAUGAAAGAUAUAUACAGUGAUAAAAAUAUUCUGAAUCAGUAUGAUUUUGUGAUAGUUGGGGCAAGCCCUACGGGUUGUGUGCUAGCAAACAGAUUGACAGAAAAUCCGGAGUGGAAAGUGCUCCUUCUGGAAGCUGGAGAACGAGAGAAUUUAUUCGUGAAGGUGCCUGUUUUUGCUGCCUACAUGCAGUCUACCAGUUACAAUUGGGGAUACGUUGCCGAGCCACAGAACUAUUCCUGUUGGGGAAUGAAAGACCAGCGCUGCGCAAUGCCUCGCGGGAAGGGACUUGGAGGAUCCACGUUAAUCAAUUACAUGAUGUACGUACGAGGAAAUCGCCACGAUUUCGACAGUUGGGCCGCCCAAGGAAACCCCGGAUGGUCAUACGAAGACGUUCUUCCAUACUUCAAAAAGUCGGAAAAAUCGUUCCUUAAUCAGUCUAAUCGCUAUCACGGAACUGAUGGACCUCUGGACGUACGGUUCGUUCCGCAUCGCACCGAAAUGUCGCACAUUUUUCUGAACGGACUCCAGGAGCUGGGACUACCACUGGUGGACUACAACGGUGAACAGCAACUAGGAUCGUCGUUUCUUCAUUCAAAUCUUAGGAAUGGACAACGGCUAUCAGCAAGCAUCGCAUUUUUGGAUCCAGUUCUCGACCGACCAAAUCUACACAUUCUUACCAACUCCAGAGUGACUAAGGUUCUCAUCGAGCCGAAGACGAAAAGGGCGUACGGCGUUGAAUUUGUUCGUGAUAGGAAACGUUACGCAGUGUUGGGAAAGAAGGAAGUCAUCCUUAGCGCAGGUGGGCUUCAAUCUCCACAGUUAUUGAUGCUCUCCGGUAUCGGACCGAGACAGCAUCUCGAGGACGUUGGAUUGACAGUAGUUCAAGAUUUACCAGUAGGAAAAAUUCUAUAUGAUCACAUUUAUUUUACCGGUUUAACAUUUGUAACAGAAACGCGAAAUUUUACGCUUCAUGCAGAUCGAGUUCUCACUUUGAGAAUGCUAGGGAAAUACCUACAAGGUGAUGGUACCUUAACUAUUCCAGGGGGUGUUGAAGUGAUCGGAUUCAUAAACACGCAAAAUUCUAGUCGAAAUGCCGUUCCUGAUAUAGAGCUGUUUUUUGCCAACGGUUCUCCAGCAUCCGAUCAUGGUAGUGCGAUUCGGAGAGGCCUGCGUUUGAAAGAUGGCGUGUAUGAAACAUAUCGAUCGUUGGAAUCUGGUGAUAUGGAUGCAUUUGGCGUUAACCUCGUUUUGCUACACCCUAAAUCGAGAGGCUACAUGGAACUGAAAAACAAUAAUCCAUUUCAAUGGCCUAGGUUUUACACAAAUUAUCUAAAGGAAGACGAAGACGUAGAAACGCUUUUGAGAGGUAUCAAAAGAGUUUUGAAAAUUGUGGACACUCCCAUAAUGAAGAAGUACGGCAUGAGACUUCACAACGUGCCGCUGCCAACGUGUGCGCGCGAAAAGUACGCCUCCGACGGAUAUUGGCGUUGUGCACUUCGAACACUUUGCACGUCAAUGUACCACCAGACCGGGACCAGUAAAAUGGGCCCACCGUCGGAUCCCGAAGCAGUGGUUUCCCCAGAACUUCAAGUGCACGGAAUUUCCAAUCUACGCGUAGCAGAUGUCGGCGUUGUGCCGGUAACAUUCAGUGGCCAUCCGGUAGCCAUUGCGUAUAUGAUUGGAGAAAAGCUAUCAGACCUAAUAAAAACUCAGUGGCAGAAACGAACGAAUGGUUCGGCGGAUACUAGACAGAAAUAAAUAAAUAAAACUCACCGUUAAAACCAUAAAUAGGAAUAAGCAUCAUAUCGUGUCUAGUGGUUUAGCACCCAAUUGUUAUCUUCAUUU